AAGGAACUAUAAAGAGGACUUGUGACUUGUAACUCAGACGAACAGAUGAAAAUCUCCAGUACACAAUACAAGCUGUGUAUCAUUUCACCUCUGAAGAUGACUCCAGUCUGGAUGAUUCUUUUAUUUCUCAACGCGAUAACUUCAUCUCAAGCUGUGGAUUUUUCCAGACCGUCGUUUCUCUCAGUGAAAUCUGGACAACGUGUUGCUCUUAAAUGCCCGUUUGGAGACAUUCCUAAGGCUGAAAGUGUGGUUUGGUACAGACAAAUAUUUGGAAAAAUGCCUCAAAUAGUGGGAGAAAAAUCAGCGUAUAAGAAUAUAAACAUUUCUCCCGUGUUCAAGACUUCAGGAUUUAAAAUAGAGGAGACUGAUAACGGCAUUUCUCUGACAAUUCAACACAUAAAGAAAGAAGACGGAGGACUUUACUACUGUGGAAGAUUUAGCUGGGAGAAUUUUACAUUAUCUAGUGGAACGUUCCUGGAUGUAAAAGAUGACAGAGAUGUAAAAGUGAGUGUGUGGCAGCGCGGCGUGUUGGACUCGGUUCCUGCAGGAGACUCAGUGACUCUGCAGUGCUCGGUUCUCUCUGAGAGCAGAGCAGCAGAACUCCAAGUGCUCUGGUUCAGAGCUGCUCCACCACAAUCCCAUCCUCAAAUCAUUUACACUCAUCACAACAGCAGCCAUCAGUGUAAGAGCGGCUCUUCUACACACACCUGUGUGUACAACUUCUCCAAGAACAUCCUCAGCCUCAAUGAUACUGGAACUUACUACUGCGCUGUGCUCCUGUGUGGGAAGAUCAUCUUCGGGAACGGGACAUCGGUACAGAUGGAGAACUUUCCGGAAAAUGCUUUAGAUCCUGAAGUGGUCUACCUCACUGUAGUGGUGGUCGUGUGUGUGGUUGUGAUCUUCACUCAAGCUUUUAUCAUCUGUAAAAUGAGAAACUGUGACAGAUCCAGAGCAGCGAGACCUCAACAAGGUUCUAGAGCAGAAAAAACACCCAAUAAAGAUGGUGAUGCAGCGGAGCUGAAUUACACUUCUUUACAUUUCAGUAAGAAGAACACUAAAAGAGUGAGCAGAAACAGAGUCAAACCUGAAGACUGCGUUUAUUCUGAAGUGUUGUCUGCCACCUAGAUUAUAUUUUUAAUUUAAUUUGUUUCUUUUAUUCAUUAGUUUUAUUUUUCCUAAUUAAAGUUUAUUACAUAUCUGUGGUCAGUGUUCUCAUGUCCUGUGAAGGUCAAACAAAUAUCCAUCAAAUCAUAUUCAAACUGUGUGAUUAUUUAUUUCUGUGUAAUUCUGUGUGGAAAAAUUCAUCACAGCCAACGAACAUUGUCUUCAUGUGGUGUCUGUGUGACAAAACACCUACACACUUGUACUUGCAGACACUUUUUAUGCACAUUGAACAUUUUCAAGGCC